AUGGAGACAGACAAGGUCCAGGUUUCUGAGAAGUGUGCUGCUCAUAAAGCCAAGCACGCCCAGGUUGAAGAUGUUGAGGAUGAACCCCCAAAGCCUAAGCCCAAUUCUGGAAGAACGAACACCCAGUUCGAGCAAGCCUCCGCAGUGAUUGGCCCUCAGCUUGUGGCGGCUCAGAUGCAAAGGAAGAAGAAGAGAAAUCGGGGCUCCAAAAGCAAGCGGGGAAUUGGCAAGCCCACUGGAUUUGAGGAGUGGUGUACCGAUGGACCGAUGACACCUUCCGAGUACAGUGAGAAUCGUCUCAUUUAUCACCCGGAUCGAUCUUUCUUGGACCGACUUGAGGAGGCUUUUAUGCGAUUCCAGAGAAAGCGCCGCAUCGAACCUGCUCGGAGCAAUGUCUUCCACAAGUAUCUGCAGUAUGGAGGUGUUAGCGUUGGCCCUAACUUCGGGACUGGUGUUACUCCCAAGGAUAUGAAAGAGAUGAAUGCAGAGGAGAUUAUGCAGGCUCGUACCCAGACCCUGAUCGAGAAGGAGCGCGAGAGCCUGCAUAUCAGCUUUGAUCAAGUGGUUCGGGGCUUCCUUGGCUCUUUCUUCAUGACAUACUUCAACCCGGACAGUGUUGAGUCCAUUCAGCUCGCUACAGGUACCAUCCGGAACUUCCUGACAUUCCUGCUUUUCCAUGACGUAUGCCCAGAAUACAAAGAUGAUAUUCUUCAGGCCCGCAAGACAUGCACUAUUGCCAGUCUAGAGCUCUGGAAGAACUUGCAAUUGAUCCGCAAAGCGCCCGGGGAUUUCAACGAGGCGUGCUCAACGCUCUUCGGUGGACACUAUUUCGAAUCAAGCGACAAUAGCAGCUGGGCUACUUCGAGUAUGAGCUCUGAAAAGGCUCAGCUCAUCGUGAAGUACGCCAUAGCCGGCGCUGGUGUUCACGAAACCGCCUCCAGCUUUUGCCAGCAUGUCGAGGCCGGGACUUUAUCGGCAGAGAGAGUCCAGGAUAUCGAUGGCUUUGAGGUAAUUUCCGUUGCGCAGCCAGAUUAUACCACGUGUGACUUCUACCGGGAGUUCACAUUUCAUAUGAAGCUGAACCCCGUUGGAGUUGUCAAAGCCAAGUCAUUCCGUGAACCUGGUAAGCCAAAGAUUGAUUUGAGCCCCAAGGAGCGCUGGGAGUGGGAGCACGGUAAUGCGCCUAGCUAUGACUUUAUUUUCUUCGUUGAAAAAAGUCUUCUGGACCUUCUAUAUCCCCGUUUGAAGGUCGUGGCAAGUAUCUGGAAGAUGAAUUGCGGGGCCUACUACUUUGACCAGGUUUACUCAACGUUCCCAAGCUUCAAUAUCAGCAUCGCAAAUGAUAUGAUGCUGAACUGGAAGCGGCCCCGAGACCUCAGGGAUGAAGUGCAGACUUCGACGGAGCCAAAAGGUGGACUUUUUGUGGAAAUGGAUGAUACCGACAAUGACUGA